AUGGUCCAGCAGGUCAGCAUAGCAAGAGAAGCCAUCGCCUUCCGGUUGGGCAUGCUGGAGUUGGACAUGUUGAGCCAGCAGUCCUUGAUGGAGCGCACCCGUGCAUUUCUUGGCAAUGUUGUUUCAUAUGUUAACUCUGCUAUGCUGGGCCAUGUCUCCCUGAAUGAAUCGUCUGGUGAUCUUGUGUUGAGUAACCUACACAUGGCCUUUGGUGCCUAUGGGACCGAACAUGCUAUUAGAGCAACAAAAGUUGAACAACACCUGAACGGAAAAGUGCUCACUCCAUCUGUUGUGCUCGAAGUAGUUCGAUUACUUAGAGAAACAAUUGUACCAAUGGAAGGAACAUCACAUCCUGAAUACAGAGUCAGUGUGGUUGUUGGAUUUCUCUUCAGUUACUUGUCUCCAUUUGCUAAGGAAUCUGGAGAAACUCUGAACAUUAGUUCUGCUGGUUCUUUAGAUACAGAUGAUAUUUGUAACCUUCCGUUGUCUUCACGUCGAGAAACAGUUUCCAGUGAUGAAUAUAAACCAGUUGGUGAGCCGAUUAAGAGAUAUGCAGUUGAGCUUCAAGCUUCUGGGGAGGCAGUAUAUGUAGAUGAUAUUCCUGCUCCAAAGAAUUGCCUUUACGGAGAGUUUAUUUACAGCACACAACCUCUUGCAUAUGUCAAGAAUAUCAAGUUCAAACCUUCUUUAGCAUCAGAGAAGAUCCUCACGGUUGUUUCUGCAAAUGAUAUUCCAAGUGGAGGGCAAAAUAUUGGGUCAAGCUUGAUGUUUGGGGACGAACCACUUUUUGCUGCCCCAAUUGUUGAGUAUGCUGGACAAGCUCUUCGUGUCGUGAUUGCAGAAACUCAGAGAUACGCCAACUUGGCAGGAAAACAGGUUGUUGUUGAAUAUGACACAAAAGAUUUGAAGCCACCAAUCUUUACUGUAGAACAAGCAGUACAAAACAACAGCUAUUUCGAAGUUCCUCCUGAGAUGUAUCCAAAACAAGUUGGUAAUUUUUGCAAGGGCAUGGCAGAAGCUGACCACAAGAUCCUCUCAACGGAAGUGAAACUUGCCUCUCAAUACUACUUCUACAUGGAAACACAAGCGACUCUAGCAAUUCCAGAUGAAGAUAACAGCAUGGUCGUAUACAUUUCAUCACAGUACCCUGAGGUUGCACAGAGUGCAAUAGCCAAGUGCCUCGGCAUUCCGUUCAGCAGCGUGCGUGUCAUUACAAGGAGGGUUGGAGGAGGCUUUGGUGGGAAGGCAUUCAGAUCAUGCAAUGUAGCAACGGCAGCUGCACUCUGUGCAUUCAAGUUACGUCGUCCGGUGCGGAUGUAUCUCAACCGCAGUACUGACAUGAUCAUGAGGGGUCGUCACCCCAUAAAAGCAUGUUACUCUGUUGGUUUAAAGUCUGAUGGGAGAAUCACAGCCUUGCACCUGGACAUACUAGUCAAUGCUGGAAUUUCUCCAGAUGCUAGCACCAUAAUGCCAGACACCAUCAUUUCAGGCCUGAAGAAAUACAACUGGGGUGCUCUCUCGUUCGACAUCAAGCUCUGUAAAACAAACAACACAUCCAAGUCAGUAAUGCGUGCUCCUGGAGAUGCUCAGGGAUCUUUUAUCGCUGAAGCUAUCAUCGAGCAUGUCGCUUCGGUGCUGUCACUUGAUGCUAAUAGUGUCAGACAGAAGAAUUUCCACACCUAUGACAGCCUUGUGUUGUUCUAUCCAGAAAGCACAGGCGAAGCUUCUACGUACACAUUGCAUUCUAUCUUCGAUAGGUUGCUCACGACAUCGAGCUACCUGCAUCGAGCCGAAUCCAUCAGGCAGUACAACAGCUGCACCAAGUGGUGGAAGCGGGGUAUCUCUUGUGUGCCCCUCGUCUUCAAGGUGGCACCAAGGCCAGCUCCUGGAAGAGUUUCUGUGCUCAACGAUGGUUCCAUUGUGGUUGAGGUUGGAGGCAUUGAGAUUGGGCAAGGGCUGUGGACCAAAGUACAGCAAAUGACAACUUUUGCUUUGGGACAGUUGUGGCCUGAUGGAUGUGAAUCCCUUCUUGAUAGGGUGCGUGUUCCUCAGGCUGAUAUGCUGAACUUGAUCCAAGGUGGGCUCACCGCCGGCAGCACUUCGUCUGAGUCUAGCUGUGCAGCAACCCUUGAGGCCUGCAACAUGCUGGUUGACAGAUUAAAGCCAGUCAUGGAGAAGCUCAAGCAGCAAUCCGGCGGUGCUGUUUCAUGGGAUGCUUUGAUUGCUCAGACCGUUAAGGAUAAUGUUAAUUUGUCCUCAAGUACAUACUGGGUACCUGGCCAAGAAUCCAGUACCUAUCUGAACUAUGGAGCUGGUAUAAGUGAGGUGGAGAUUGAUCUUCUUACAGGAACCAUUACUUUACUACGGAGCGACCUUGUAUAUGACUGUGGAAAGAGUUUGAACCCUGCAGUGGACUUGGGCCAGAUUGAAGGCUCCUUCAUACAAGGAGUCGGUUUCUUCAUAAAUGAAGAACACGAAACAAAUGCCGAUGGACUGGUUGUGAGCGACAGUACAUGGGUCUACAAGAUCCCAAGCGUCGACACCAUCCCGAAGCAGUUCAACGCCGAGGUGCUCAACACUGGGUACCACAAGAACCGUGUGCUUUCGUCAAAGGCUUAUGGGGAACCCGCCUUAGUUCUUGCGGCAUCCGUCCAUUGUGCGGUGAGAGAAGCCAUCCAAGCGGCGAGGAAGGAGUUUGGGAGCUCAGGGCUCACUUUCCAGUUCGACGUCCCUGCGCCGAUGACGUGUGUGAAGGAAAUGUGUGGUUUGGACAUUGUGGAUGAGUACUUGGAAAGCCUAUCUAAACAUCAGUCUCGAGCUGCGGCGUGA